AUGACGGAUCUGGUCGGACUGGAUGAUAAUGGUAACACACAGUAUAUGGUGAACAUCACCCUUGGAGGAGAAGAAUUCACUGUAGUGCUGGAUACCGGGUCAACCGAUCUUUGGGUUGACGUCCGCGAUCGUAACAUCAAGCUCACCAACUCUACUAAUAUCACUGCGGAGGAGGGUUACGCACUGGGUUCGGCAGCCGGCACUAUAAACUUCGCUGAAUUGAGGGUCGGCGAUUACCUGGUUCCUUCACAAGCCUUCGUCGCAGUGAUCCAAACUGAGGAUCAGAGCGUCCAAGGCAUGCUCGGUAUGGCGUUGGACGAUACCAGCAUAUACGAGGCACUCGCGCAGGCGUGGGGCAAGAAAGCAGCGAAUGAACUCGGUCGUGCGUUCAUCACCAACCUUUUCGCACAAACCAGUCCCUUCCCAACAACUUCGACAUCCAGCUCGGCCGAGAAACGCUUGACGACCCGACUGUUUGUGUUCAACAAGUCGAUCGUCUCUGGUGUACCCAACGGCAAGGUUCUCGCUGUCCUGGACAGCGGCUUUACUUUACCUCCUCUACCUGCAGCGGCGGUGAACGCCAUCUACAGUCAGAUCCCCGGAGCUGUCCUUUACAACACCACCUCCGGUGCAUUGAACGGCUGGAUUGAUCCUUGUGAGUUUGCCCCAGUCAAUGUGUCCUUCACUUUCGCUGGACAGGAGUACCCCAUCCACCCCCUUGAUCUCUUCAUUCCCUGGUAUCCAACCCUGAUCAUCGACAAUGGCAUCGAGAAGAACGUCACUACACAUACUGUCUACAACGCAGGGGACCCGUCCGAGCAUCUGUCGAAAAGCUUCAACACCUUCGACCUCAUCCUCGGCGACGCGUUCCUCCGCAGUGUCUAUGUAUCGCGAGUCUCACCUGACCACGCGCGCACCUCGUGGGUGCCUCACGAGUCGCCGCUCUGCAGCUUCGACUACGGCGAUUACCACCCGACGAAUAAUACCAAUGGCCGGCCCUUCGUGCAGAUGAUCUCGACCGUCGACAUGAACUCCGCCCAGAGCGAAUUCACGAACUUCAUCUCUGAGCUGGCCAGCAACGCACCCCCAUCCCUUCCGCCAUCCGUCUUUGUCACCAAGCAGCUCUCCCCAUUGCUUACCGGAGGAGGUUCGAACUCUUCGAGCGACGGGAGCGAUGGCAACGAUAUUGUCAGCGGGGCGCUCUCCACCGACGACUCCACCACGUCUUCUGGCUCUUCGAACGGUCUGGACAAGAAGUGGGGCACAGUCGCACUCGCGCUGCUUGGCGCGAACUUGCUCGUCGGGGUCAUCCUGCUCGUGGUCGUGCUGACCAGCAUGCGCGGGGUGAAGGGUCGGAGCUCCGGUCGGUACACUUCUGUGCCUGUACGGUUCAAGGAACCCGUCGACCGCGAUGCGGAAACGAAUCCCCUGCGGUACAGUGACUGAGAGUUGAGUCACAUUUGAGGGCGAGGCGAUCGCUUAAGCUUCACGGACCGAAAUGACGUUGGGUACCGAUAAUCAAUUGCACUUAGAGUACUGUCAAGGACGCUCGUAGAUUUUGGCGCAAUAAUCAUCUCUGUAUCCCUAUAUCGAGCUACG